UCUGCCUUGAUUUGCGUCCCUGUGAUUUUUUGACUUUUUCCGAGUGACAGAUCCAGCCAAAACAAGCCGCGGCUGUCAAGGAUAGGCUGCCCCUGGUAUGUGCCCCUGCCCACCUGCCGCGUGGUCGUGCCGGGCUGAGCGACACUCGCCAAUCACGGCGCGUUGAUGGCCGUAUUGAUGGAGGGCCGGGAGGUGGGAGGACGAAUCUGGGGUGGAAGGCGACCUACGACGCACUUGGGAUGGGCGGGAAUACGAAGGCUGCAAGGUUUUCUUUGCGUUGGUUUGCUUGUUUGCCUCGACAGGCCUCAGGGGUUAGGGGCUGGCAGGCGGAGAACCACGGUGGGUUUUGCGCCUUGAAUUGGUGGUUAUGUGGAGGGUGGAUGGAUACCUAUUGGAGAUGGCAUCGGUCGUUGAUCGUCGACAAGCCUAGUUUGGGGCAUGAAAUGCGAGGUCUGGGCUGGGGGCGGUGAAGCGAGCGAAGUGGGAUGCACCAAGGCGAAAGUCCCAAGCGAUGAGAGCCAGUCAGAUAGAGGCCUUCUUGGUUUUCACGAGGGACCGGGACAAGGCGUGCAUCAAGGCAAUAAACUACGCUUUCGGCCGAUUCCAAAAGACGGAAUCAGCCAGUCGCAUUCAGAUCUAACAUGAUGGUCGACACAGAAGAUGAAGCUAUUAGGUAUUGUGGCUGCGACGGACACGGCGACACCCUGCACGGGGCACCGAGGUUUCAAGGCGUCUGGACUGUCUUUGG